UCUUGCUGGUUUGCGGCCGGUCUUGGAUGUGGCGGCAGCGGUGGUGAAGGCGUGGGGAAGGGUGGGGUGAGGGGGCGAGGCCGCGGCGCGGGCGGCUAAACUCUCCUCCCCUCAGCCCCACCGCGUGGGACGGCGUGAACGCGGUAUCGGAGGGAUGUCAGCCUUCUCUGAGGCGGCGCUGGAGAAGAAGCUGUCGGAGUUGAGCAACUCGCAGCAGAGCGUGCAGACCUUGUCCCUGUGGCUCAUCCAUCACCGCAAGCACUCGCGGCCCAUAGUCACCGUGUGGGAGCGGGAGCUGCGUAAAGCCAAACCAAACAGGAAGCUUACUUUUCUCUACCUAGCCAAUGAUGUCAUUCAGAACAGCAAAAGGAAGGGACCGGAGUUUACAAAAGAUUUUGCACCAGUUAUAGUGGAGGCUUUUAAACAUGUUUCAAGUGAAACUGAUGAAAGUUGUAAGAAGCACCUUGGAAGGGUAUUAUCUAUUUGGGAAGAAAGGUCUGUUUAUGAGAAUGAUGUAUUAGAACAACUUAAGCAAGCUCUGUAUGGUGAUAAGAAGCCUAGGAAGCGAACUUAUGAACAGAUAAAAGUGGAUGAAAAUGAAAACUGUUCCUCUCUGGGAUCUCCAAGUGAACCACCACAGACUCUAGAUCUUGUUAGAGCAUUACAAGAUCUAGAGAAUGCAGCCUCAGGUGAUGCAGCAGUUCAUCAGAGGAUAGCGUCUUUGCCUGUUGAAGUCCAAGAAGUAUCCCUACUAGAUAAGAUAACAGAUAAAGAAUCUGGAGAAAGGCUUUCUAAAAUGGUAGAGGAUGCUUGUAUGUUGCUGGCAGAUUACAAUGGCAGAUUGGCGGCUGAAAUAGAUGAUAGGAAGCAACUCACUCGAAUGUUAGCAGAUUUUCUUCGUUGUCAAAAGGAAGCCCUUGCAGAGAAAGAGCAUAAAUUGGAAGUAUUGGACAUGGGCGUAUCUUCUAACGAUGUCAUCAUCAUUAGCAUAUUCUUCCUGCUAAAAAUAAAUAUCAAACUCCAAAGCCUGUAUUGUCUCAUGUUUUUGAAAAUUGAAGACUGAAACUGUUAUUCUACUGUAUACUACUUUUUCACUUAAGUUGGUUAUUUAUCACUGGUUACAAAAAUAGAAUUUAUGUUUGAAAUGUUAGGAAGUGUAGGAAUCAGAUGUCACCCUCCAGUUCCCUCUUUUCCCAGUUCCUUUCAGCUAGAUUGCCUAGUUGAUGGUUAUAGGUGGUGAGGCUGAUGAUCAUAAUAGCAGUAACAUUUACCGUGUGUUAGGUACUAUUGUAAGCACUUCACAUCUGUCAACUAAUUUAAUCCUAUAUAGCAGGAAGAAUGAUCCCCAUUUUACAGGUAAAGAAAACCGAGGCAUAGGGACAUUAAAUAACUUGCCCAAAGUCAGAAAGAGGUAGUGAGUUGUUAAGAAUCCAGGAACUCUGCCUCCAAAGGGCACAUUUGCUUCCAAGUUUUACUUAAAGAAAUUUAAGUUCACAGCAAAAGCUAAAAACUCUCUCUUCUCCAACUCUUUCUGCCUGCUCCCUCCUCAGAGGUAAUCACUGUCUUAACUGGUUCUAGGAACGUUUUUGUCUUUCAGCGUGACUGGAUAUUAUCAUAUUAAAAAGAGACCACCCAAAUUAUGCUGAACAUGUUUUUACAAGUAAUAAAAAUGUAGAUUUCCAAUAAAUUAGGAAGUCAUUCCACAAAACUCUUUGUAAGUUAUUAUUUAUAACUAAGUGAUUUCUUUGUCAGAAGAUUAUGGAAAUGAUUUGAGAUAUUUAGACAUUUUUUGUAUCAAGUAGGUGGCAUCACUGAAGUUGAAACUGAGAGGUCAAGAUUUAUACUUACCAUAUAUAUAAGCUGUGAUACCAUCAGAUAGUUUUCAGUUAUCUGCAUCUUUGAACAUCAACUGUCAUUGACCAGGUAUUGAUGAGUCGUUUUUUGUUUUUCUUUAAAUCGAACAUAAAUUUAAAGUAUUCAUUCAGGGAUUGUCUAUUUCAUAUUUUUUAGGGAAGUUGCUAUUUAAAGCAUUUGUAAUGAAUGAAACCAUGAAAUUAUUUUGGAAAUUAUGAAUCAUUUUUAGAACUUGUGACUAACUUUAGCUGGUUAUUAAGCAGAUAACUGUUAAAAUAGACUAUUAAUCUAAUUUAUAUUUAUAAAAUGCAUGUCACAGAUUGCUAUAGAAAAUCAUUUCACCAUUCAGAAGUUGAAAUUAUUGAAUAAAGUCUUGUUCACCUAGUUUAUUAUUUUGGAAGGCAUUCAUGGAUAGGGGACUUAAAGUAACAUUUUGAUUUUGAUACUGUUGUGGAGGGGAAAGUACAGAGAUCAGCAGUUCUUAUAAUGUCUUUGAUGCUCUGUACAGCUGGUAUAAGGAAAUAUGCUUUUAUAAAAUCCCUAUUUUAUGUCAUAAUAUCCGGAUGUGUUUUAAAUUCCUAGAAUUCCAUAGAAAAUUGGAAAUCACAAUUUGAUGGCUCUUAAGUCAAAUUAUAGUUCCAAGUUCUAGAAGUCAGGAUGGGAAAACUGUCGGAGAGGACUGUGUUUAUCUUUUGCAGUCCUACAUCAGUAUAUUCAGAUUUAGCUCAUUUUUUAAAUUGAGGGCGUAGUAUUCAUUGGGUGUUAUUUAUUUAUUUAAGUCUGUCCCUCUUCUCAUGCUAUCAGAUUGCAGCCACUGAGUUGCUUUUAUUAAUUUUGUGCAUCGUAGGUAGUGUAGCAGAGAACAUCCUGGUGAGGCAGGCUUGUAUAGUUGUACAAGUAUAUCUGCAGGAUUGAUUCUCAGAAGCAGAAUAGAAUAUCUGAGUCCAAGGGAAUGUAUGUUUAUGUGUUGACAGGAUACUCAAGUCCACCAAAAGUUUCUGCCUUUUUAUUUUUUUAAUUUUUUUUUGCUGCAUUUAUUUGUUUAUUUAUUUAUGAGUAUAGUGCACAGUGUUAUAUUAGUUUCAGGUGUAAAUGUUCUGCCUUUUUAAACUCCGUGCAGUAUGAGUGCAUCUUGUCCUGUACAACCUAGCCCACACGGAGUAUCAGUGAUUUUUAAAAUUUUUGCAUUUCUGAUAAUUUAAAAAUUAUUUUUUUUGUUCACUCAGAUUGGUCAUCUUUUAAAAAUAUUUACUAGCUAUUUUUGUUACAUAUUCCCUAUAUCCUUUGACUACUUUUCUAUUUGGUUCUAAGUUUGCGUGUUAAUGUCUGUCUUUUAUAUAUUCUGGGCUUUCUAGAUAUAGUUAAGAUGGUGUUCUCAGUUCAUAACUUUAAAAAUACUACGCUAUUUUUCUGGGGUGUUUUCCUAAUUUAUCCAUUAGGAUUUUUUAAUUUAUGGUGUGACAUAGGGAUCUAAUUGAAAGUGAUAGUCAAUGUCCUUUGUCAUGUAUUAAUGAUUAAUGAGUUAAUGACUCUGUCUUUUAUUAUGUUGUAAAAUGCCGUUUCUGUUAUACUUAAUUCCUAUAUAUGGUAUAGUAUAUGGGAAUGUAGUCUCUUUUUUAUUCUAGUGGCCCAUUUGUCUUACCCACCUUUAAUUAUGCAGUAGAUUUUUGUUCGUAUUAUUUUUGGUAUUGUUCAUGUCUACAAUUUUAACUAAUAAUGAUUGUUGUGUAUAUGAAUUUUUACUUCCUUUCCACUUACUUUUAUAUGUAUUUGCUUUCAUACUUAAUAUUUCAAAUGACAUUUUCCUAAGUAGUUAUUUCUUACUUUACUUGGCCUUCUCCCUGUUUCUGAACACAUUGUUUACUUUUGUUGUCCAUCCCCUCUGUCUGCUAGACAGCAUUAUCCAGGAUUUUCAAGAGUGUUACACUUUUCAUAAAACUUUGUUUUCCAGAAAGUUCAAUUUUCAUUUUUUAAAUUUUUUAUUAAAACACAGGGCUAAGCCUUGUUAUUUUAUGUCAUAGUUAUUUGGAACUUGUGACUAACUUUAGCUGGUAUUAUGGUUAAUUUACUUUUCAAGAAUCAUAAUCUUAAUAUUUUUUAUUCAGUUAAAAUUUAUCUUAAAUUUCGUUUUGCCUGAGACAUUUAAUGAUUAGAAAUUCCAAAUGUCUGCUCCCGCACUGUAGGAAAUAAGAAUCUUUUAAAUAGCACUGAAAGUGCAGAUAUAAAAAUUUUCCUGAAGGUGUUACCUGCACAUAGCUUUUUGGUGGUUAUUUAUCAAAUUUUAGAUUUUAUUAAGGGUAUAGUGGUAAGGAUAUGGAGAACUGAUUAUGGAAUCUUUCAUCUGUACUUCAGUUAUUUCUUAUAUUUUACUUUUUUUCACUGAAAUCAUUGAUUUAAAUUUAGAAAUAAUUUGAUAAGAUGCAGCUAUAUGGAUUUUUUUUUAAGACAUUACUAAUUGCUUAAUGGUUUCUUAUUUUUUGAGAUCUAAAUAUCAUUAAGUGUAAAAUUUUUAUGGUUAAUUUACUUUUCAAGAAUCAUAAUCUUAAUAUUUUUUAUUAUGCAGUUAAUCUAUUUUCAUCAUAGGAAAAAAGCUCCUUUUUUUUUUUUAAGAUUUUAUUUAUUUGACAGACCAUGAGAGAGGGAACACAAGCAGUGGGGGAGUGGGAGAGGGAGAAGCAGGCCUCUUACUGAGCAAGGAGCCAGCUGUGGGGCUCGAUCCAAGGACCCUGGGAUCAUGACCCAAGCCAAAGGCAGACGCUUAACAACUGAACCACCCAGGCACCCCAGGAAAAAAACCCCUUGAGCAAAAGGCUUAGCCCUGUGUUUUGGCUCUAUAUAUUUUGCAUACUUUUCUUUUCAUGUAAUAUACGUACAACUUACAUCACUGUUUUCCUUUUUAAUGAAUGGCUAUAUCAUAAUUUAACAGCUCUGUGUUCUUUGACUGUUUCAGUUGCUUUGAUAUUAUUAUAAACAGUAUUGCAGUGAACAUCUCUUCUAGUAUACUCUUGACUCAUCUAUGUCUUCUUAUUUCAUGUAUGUGAUAAAUUCCUAAAGAUGAAAUUGCUGAUUCAUGUUAAGGACUUAAUACAUGUUAUCAGUCUAACUUUCAGUAAGAUUGUACUAGAUCAUUAUCUUUGAUGAUUCCCAAAUAUUAUUUAUAGGUGUUCUGGGCUAUUAAUUUUCUCCAAAAAAAAAAAAAAUGCAUCACAUUUGCUGGGUAGAUAACAUAGGCCAUCUGUUUUCAGAACAGUGCCUUACUUUUGUCUGUGAUUUGGAUCUUCAAAUGCAAAUCUUUGGCUUGGUUUCUCAAUCCUGUCUUUUGGCUCUAUAUGAUAAGAUUUUUAACAGACUGAUGGAGAGAUUUUCAGUUGAUCUUAAUUGUCAACCUUAAGACUAUUACAUUUCAAGGAGCUUGGUACCUCAAAGGCCUGAGCCUCUCCAAAGUUCCUCAGGAUGAAUUAUAUCACUUUUGGUCAUUAUUCCUUGUUCCACUUUUUCCAUCUUCCAAAAGUUUCUGAUAGCUGUGUACUAUGAGUCACUUUUCUCCAUUCCUUUCAGUUUCCACCUUUAUAAAUUGUUUUACUAUUUUAGUGGCUUUUUGGGAGGGAGUGGAGAUAAAUAUGAGUUCAGUUUAUUAUAAAAAUGGAAGACCAUUGUGUCUUGUAAAACAGAACCAUAGUCUAUGUGUUUUGUAACUUCUGCCAACUACCCUUGUCCAAGUGGUUGUCAUACAUUUCCUAGAUUGUUAACAACUCAUCUUCCUGUUCUCUUAAUGCCCUAUGCAACUGCAGCCUGGUUUUUCUUUUAAGAAGUCAGGGCUCAUCAUACCCGUUUAAAACUCUUCACUGCUUCCCUUUACACUUAGAUCUUAUUUAAAACUCCAUGAUAGCACUAGUCAUGAGUCUCCAUUUAACCUCAUCUUGAACCAUCUCAACAGCAUCCAUUUUACUCUUAAAGCAGGUGAAGCAUUUCUCACAUCAGAUCAGGGUUUCUGCCUUGCUAAUCGCUAACAGAGUAGCUGGAUGCUCUCACCACCAGAUCUUUACUUAGCUGGUGCCUUUUUUCAUUUAGAUUUAUGUUCCUAUGUUACCUCUUCAGCAGCGUCCUUCACUGCCCUUUCAUUUGGUUCCACCUGCUCUUUUCCCACCCACUGUAUUAAACUGUCGUUUUCUUUUUGGCUUUUUAUUUAUUUUUCCUUCACAGUACAUAUCACUCUGAAGAUUUAAAAUAUUGUAUAUGUACUUAUCAUCUGUACCUGCCAUUAGAAUGUGAGCUCUGUGAGAGGAAGAACUUUGUUUUUCAUGUUUAUUGCCAUAUCCUAAGCACUUGGAGUAGUAAUUUUCUCCUGGUGUUUUUGUUGAAUGAAUAAAUGAUUCAAAUGAUGAAUGAGUGAAUACCAGUACAAAUGUAAUUUGCAAGAAGUAUAUAAAUAUUUAUAUUUUAAAUUGGUGAUUUAUUUUGUAAUUACAUCAGAAAAAGAAUGUUGCCUUUAAAAAUGAUUAAUGAGGUUUUUGAAGAAAAGUAUAUCAAGCACAGUAGGUGAACUAAUUUUUAACUCACAUUAGUCUAGUCCAGUACUUUAAAAGGUGGGCAUUGUGUUCAAGAACUGCAUCUUCUAGAACUGCGGCUGAGUAUUUGAAACAAAGGAGUUAAGUGGCCAUUUAAAAAUAAAAUUAUUUUACCAGUUUGCCCUGUUUUUCCUUCACUAGAAUAACAUGUUAACAAUAUGUUAGAAAACAUGAGUAACAAAUGAACAGUACUCAUCAGUGAAGAAGCACUGAAUGAAUGAGUCACAGUGCUACCUGGUAGAAGAACUGGAGCCACAAAUGAAAUCAGUCUUUUUACAUAAAAAGAAAGGAAUUUUAAGCUGUUAUUGCCUUCUGCUUGCACACUCGUUUAAAGAAUAUAGCUGAUAAUAGUAAUACCCUCUAAGAGGGGCAUUGUGAUUAAAGAAUUUAUGCUUACAAAGCAGUUAGCACUCUCCCUGAAGCCAAGUAAGUGCUCAGUAACUGAUAACUUCUACUGCUGUUACUGUAGCAGCUGAGAAUUACUAGAAGUGAGGUGAGAUUGAAAAAUAGUUAGAACCAAAUUGUGGAGAGCACUGAAGGUCAGGUGGAGUUGAUGGUUGUAGCAGUCCAAAGUUUGGAGAGGAAUGGUGGCAUUGGCAGUGUUUGCAAGCCUGGUUGAAGUUAACCGAGUGGAUUACAAUGGGGGAGAAUUUGCAGUUAGAAGACCAGAUAGGAUUUAAUUAGAAAAUUUUAUAUCAUGGAUAAUGAACACCUGAACCAUAGUUGAUGAUAGCAGUGAGAAGGGAAUGGGCAGGUAUGGGAAACCAUUGAAUCAUAAGAAUUUAUCAAUUGGGUCUGAGGGUAGAGAGGUAGAAGGAAUCUAUGAUAAAUGAAAUUUUGAAAACCAUGGGGCAAAUGAUUCUGACAUUGACUAAAAGGAUAUUAAAUAGGGAACUGGUGGGGUGCCUGGGUGGCUCAGUCGUUAAGCGUCUGCCUUCGGCUCAGGUCAUGAUCCCAGGGUCCUGGCAUCCAGCCCUGCAUUGGGCUCCCUGCUCAGCAGGAAGCCUGCUUCUCCCUCUCCCUCUGCCUCUCCCCCUGCUUGUGUUCCCUCUCACUGUGUCUCUGUCAAAUAAAUAAAAUCCUUAAAAAAAAUAAAAUAAAAAAAUAGGGAACUAGUUUUGGUGGGGAGGAUGAUUUUGGGUUUUAGGUAGAUCAAGUUAAACUUUUUCAUUUUUAUUUUUUGUGCAAUGAAGCCUAUUUUUAUUUUUUCCCAGGUUUUAUUGAGAUAACUUGACAUAAUGAGUGAACUAUUUUAAAAUUCCUUUUUUUUUGCUUUCUUAAAAAAUUGAAUAGUUGACACUAAAGUUUUUCUAAUUGUAAAAGUAGUAAGUGAUCCUCAUAGUUUAGAAACCCUUCAUAAGAACACACAGAUACCAUCUGUAGUCUCAUUACCCCUUAAAUACAAUUGACAAGAUUUAGAAGAUGGAAUCAUAUAGUGCAUGCUAUUUUACAUAUUGUCUUUUUUACACAUUUGUAGUAAACAUUUUCUCAUUAUAAAUACUCUCAUUAUCUAAAAUGAAGUAUUUCUUUAGCCAGCUGCCUAUUGUUUAGUGGUUAUUUUUUUCCAGUUUCUUGCUAUUGAAAAAACAUUGUUUUGAAUCACCUUUUAGCUAAAUCUUUGCUUAUCUGUGAUAAUUUUUUUCAUAAAUUCCUAGAUGUAGGGGGGAAAAAUAAAGGAGUGAAGUUAAGUGAUUUUCAUGCUCAGUCAGCUACAAUUUAAGAAAACAAAAUGAUAUCCUGUCUGGUGACAAGGAGGUGGAAGUGGAGAUGCUUCUGUUGCAUUUUACUGAUGUAAAUACAUGACACAAUCUGCGCGAAGACAGUUGGUAAUAAAAUAUCAGAAUCCCCGGGGCGCCUGGGUGGCUCAGUUGGUUAAGCAACUGCCUUCGGCUCAGGUCAUGAUCCUGGAGUCCCGGAAUCGAGUCCCGCAUCAGGUUCCCUG